UCUCUCUACCCCCGCUUCGUGCCCUUCCACUAAUACCUUCUAAGCAUCACAAGAAGAAGAAGAAGAAGAGGGAUUCGCCCCCAUUCUCUAAGCUCACUCCCCCUUUCUCCCUAUCUCAUCACCAUCCCCCUCGAUCUCUCCCCUCCGAAACCCUAGGUAGUCCUCCUCUUACCACCCCCGCCGCCCAUGGCGGAUCGGAUCCACCCCUCCUCCGACGACUCCGGCGAGUUCCCCCCUCCUCCCCGCUACGGGCGCCACUACAACCACCACUCCUCCUCCUCCGACCCCUCCGCGAGCCCCCUCUUCCCCUCCUCCUUCUCCUCCUCCUCCAACCCCCCCUCGGGCCAAUUCCUCGUCCAGCUCCCCAGGGACCAGGUCUACCGCGUCCCCCCUCCGGAGAACGCCCACCUCCUCAAAUCCUACGCCCGCCGCGCCGCGCGCCGCCGCCGCCGCAGCUGCUUCUGCGCCCUCCGCCUCGCCCUCGCCCUCCUCCUCUCCCUCGCCCUCCUCGCCGCCGUCGCCGCCGCCGCCCUCUUCUUCGCCCUCCGCCCCAAACUCCCCUCCUACUCCCUCCUCUCCCUCUCCGUCCACGGCCUCAACCUCUCCUCCCCCUCCCCCUCCCCCUCCGCCCCCGAAUUCGCCGCCGCGAUCCGCGCCCGAAACCCUAACGGAAAGAUCGCCAUCGAGUACCGCCGCGGGAGCGCCGUCGCCGUCUCCUACGGCGCCGCCAACCUCGCUGACGGCGUCUGGCCCGCCUUCGACCAGGGGCCGCGGAACGUGACGGCGUUCGUGACGGCGUUGCGCGGGGCCGGGGUGCGCCUGUCCCCGCAGAUGCGGUCGUCCAUGGCGGCGGCGGAGAGGCGCGGCGCCGUGCCGUUAACUCUGGACGCGAGCGUCCCCGUUAGGGUUAGGGCCGGCGCCGUCACCACCUGGACGGUCACCGUUAAGGUGCGGUGCGGCGUGACCGUGGAUAGGCUCGCGCCCGACUCCAAGGUGGUCUCCGAGUCGUGCCACAUCAGAGUCGACAUAUUCUGAUUUUACGGCGUUACCGUUGCGCGGCCGCUAUUUUCCGUUACGUGCUGGCUGGUGUCGUACUUUUUGGCGGGUAAAUUACAUCGGAGAGUCCUCGAACGUACAAAAUUGCAUUUUAAUCUACAAGCUUUAAUUUAUUAUAAUUUAGUCCUUGCAAAUUUCUCUCUCUCUCUUUUUUUUUUUUUGCCUAAUCCCUUACAAUGAUACAAGCAUAAGUACUCACGGGUGACAACGGAGUUGACUAUUGAAUAAUUAUGAUCCAAGUAACAAAAUGUAAUGAGAAAAUUUAAUACAACCUACCUAACAAAUUGAAGAGUAAAAUAAUAUUAUAAAUUAAAGUUUGAACAUUAACUUGCAAUUAACAGUUUGAGAAUCUUUCAUGUAGUUUACCCUUCUUUUGGUUUUUGCAGUGGACUCCUAUUGAUGUGUGAACCGUUGAUAUCUGUUUAGAAGUAUGUUGUAAUAAAUAAUAAAAGUAUAAAUUUAAAAAAAAUUAGAGAUUGUACAAUAAUUUUAUUGUUGUUUUCUGUGUGAAUUUGAACUUUUUCUCUUUUUUACGAAAAAACUUCUUGCCCCUUGUUUGAUUAUGGCCGAAAUUUGUACCUCAGAAGAUUUUUUUUUUAAUUAUUGUUCACCUUGUUUGCGUGUACCUUGAGUGAAAGGGUGUUAUUAAUUUUGUGUUUCUUUUUUUUUUUCUGUAUAUUUUUAGAGAGAGUUGACUUUCUUAAGACGCUGGUGUGUGCAAUAUUUUAUAGCAUGUAUGUACAAAGUUGUACAUGUGAGUGUUGUUUAAUCGUGGUCUCCAUCAAACUCGUCCAGUCUUAA